UUACAGCUGAGGCCCAGGAAGGAUGCUGUCAUUUGUCCUUGGCGGUUUCCUUGCACUGACCUUGGAAGGCAGCUCGUGAUCUCCAAGAUGUAUGAAAAAGUAAUCAUUGCCUUGCUAUUGUCAGGUUUCAUAGCACCUACUACCCAACAAAACCUCAACGCUACUUCCGAACAUACACCAGCCUCACCACCACCUGCUACUGUUGGGACGACAACUAAAGAGUCUCCUGUUACCACAGACAAACCCGCCCUACCCGGUCAAAGAGAAGAAAGAAAACAAAUGGAGCACACUUUUUCAGAAGCAGUGAUUAUACCCAUUAUUUUACUGGUGAUAGCUGCUUUCGAUGGAAUUAUCCUCCUUAUUUAUUUUUUGGCUUGCCAACUGAGAAAGAAAAGUUCACUGGAUGUACAGCCUUCCUCCUCACAUGCUGCAGGCAUCCAGUUAAGUUCUGUUGAAACAGGAAAUCCAGACAAAACUGAUUAAUGAAAAUCUUUUCACCAAGCCAAAUGUUGGAAGAACUCAAAGAAGACAUAAGACUUCAAGUGAAAAAUCAACAUGUGAAAUGGACAUGCCAAUAAAUUAUGUACCUACCUGGGUAGUAUUAAUACAAUCUCAGAAUGCAACUUUCAUCAUAAGUUCCAAUGACUUAACCAUGGGGAAAAUCUCUAUUCAUUAAUUUUAAGAUUAAGAACAAAUAUUCCCUUGCAUGCUUGCUUUUAUGUGUUAGCAUAAAUGUUAUAAUUGAUAGGGAAUUUUGAUCCAAUAGUUUAGUUGAAUUCAUUUAUUAUUCUUUUUUUAUUAUUAUUAUUAAAUCAUAGCUGUGUACAUUAAUGCAAUCAUGGGACACCAUACACUGGUUUUAUAUACCAUUUGAAAUAUUUUCAUCACAGUGGUUAACAUAGCCUUCCUGACAUUUUCUUAGUUAUUGUGUUAAGACAUUUAUAUUCUACAUUCAGUAAGUUUCACAUGUACCCUUGUAAGAUGCACCUCAUUUACUAUUCUUUAAGAUUAACUUCAUCUAUUCAAUUGUCUCAUAAAGGUGAUGUUGUCAAAUGAAAGGCUUGAAACACCCAGAUGACUAAGUUUACUCUCUCAUUCUAAACUUCUGGGUCUAUUACCAUUGUUUUAAAUAAAUUAAGGGGAUAUUUUAUUCACACUGAUAAAUCUUGCGCUUAAAAUGCCUUAUAUAUGUUUAUCAUAUAAUACAUAAAACAACACCAAAGAUUUUUCCCAUUAAAAAAUAAAAUGAUACAGGGCAGUGCCUGUGGCUUAAUGGAGUAGGGCGCCGGCCCCAUAUGCCGGAGGUGGUGGGUUCAAACCCAACCCCCGCCAAAAACUGCAAAAAAAAAAAAAAAAAGAAAGAAAGAAAGAAAAAGAAAAUGAUACAUAUAUAUAAAUGAUACAUUUAAAAUAAUUUAUGUAACAGUAGUGUAUUAGCACCUUCAGGGCACUCACUGAUGCUUGUGUUCCACUGAGAGAGUUAUUUGUAUAAGUGGUCAAGGAAUCCUGACAAUGUAAAAAAAAAUCAGUGACCAGGGGCAAGACAUGAUUGCAAGAGGGACUUUACCUAACAAUUGCAAUCAGUGUAACCUGGCUUAUUGUACCCUCAAUGAAUCCCCAACAAUAAAAAAAAAAAAUAGUUUUGA